AAAAGCAAAAAACAAACUUUUGUCAGCCUCUGUAAUUCGUGCUCUAUAAGACAUAGUAAAAAGUAUCAAGAAAUAAAUCAACAAAAUACAACAGAAACUAACCUUAAUGUAAUGGUUCCAACUAUUAGCACUUCUAUUUCUAGAACUAAUAAUGUCUCAAAUUUACUCCAAAUUCAUAAUAUUAUUGAAAACUAUGAUUUUGAGUCAACAGAAAAUAAUUUUCUCUUUAAUAAGGAUUUUGCAAACAUAAUAGAAAUAGAAAAGCAAGCUAAUGAUGAUGCUGACAUGCUCACAUAUUGCAUAGAUAAAGUAGAAAAAUUUGUCUCAGAACAGUUUCGGGAUACUGAGUUAUUCGGUAAACCUACAAAAUUUGCUUUUGAGAUUGAAUUAGACUCAGAGCUUUUAGAUAAU